UUAAUAUAUCCUUAGUAAAGACAGAACGGACCUAUGUUAUAGAGAAGGAAUUUAGCAAUGGCUUUGUUCUUUUUUACGAAAUUAUUUUGCCAUUUUUGGUUUUAUCUUCUUGUAAUUGAAAUAAUGUUAGAAGGCGUUAUGGCUUUGUAUAGCGAGAAAAGAGAGUCUGACACUUAUGUAGCAUGUGUGAAUGUUUCUGCUUGUGAGACACAGGAUCAUGUACGUCGUUGUAAUUCACGGGAAAUAGAAGCAUUUUAUGGAUCUGGUAGCUCUUACAAAAUGGUUAAGGGAUAUCUUAUGUAUGCGCAUGGCUAUGGUUGUAAAAAGUUUGACUUUCCUGUCCCAAAACGUCCGUGGAUUGCUUUGAUCCAAAGAGGAAGCUGUCGAUUUGCUAAAAAGAUCGAAAAAGCCAUUAAUCAUAACGCUAGUGGCGUUAUAAUUUAUGGUGAAAAACCUGGGAAUACUUUUGGAAUGCUCCUUGGAGAAACAACUAUUGUUGCUGUUAGCAUUACAUUUGAACGAGGAAAUGAAUUAAGGAUGGCAAUGAAUAGAUCCGAUGUUCAUGUGAAGAUUUCUUUUGACCGAAUUAUCGAAGGAAAGCAAAGAAAUACUAUCUCAGUUUUAUUUGUUUCUAUCUCAUUUAUUGUUCUUAUGGUGAUUUCCCUUGCUUGGCUUGUUUUUUACUACAUACAAAGAUUCAGAUUCUUAUAUGCCAGGGAUAAAUCUGAAAGACGACUCACAUCUGCAGCAAAGAAGGCUAUAGCAAAGUUAAGCUCAAGAACUAUCAGUAAAAAGGAUGAAGAGGAUGGUAAUGACAAGUCUUGUGCUGUCUGUUUGGAGGAGUAUAAAUAUGGUGAUACCCUUCGAACCUUACCUUGCAGUCAUGAGUUUCACAAGCAUUGUGUUGAUCCAUGGUUAAUUGAACAUAGAACAUGUCCAAUGUGCAAAACAAAUAUUUUGAAACAAUUGGGAAUGUUACAUUCUGUGGAUGAAGAUUACCAAGAAACUUUUUCAAUUACACCAAAUGAUGUUGACUCUGGUGUUCUCAAUGAUGGCUUGUCACAUGAGAGUCGCAUAGAAAGAAGUCAAGAAAAUCAAGCUCUUCCACGUACUGAAGACAGUUGUGUUGCUGAUGUUACACCAGUUGAAACUACAAGUAAUUGUGAGCUGUCCUAUGUUCGAACUGAGAAAAUGAUGAAGAUGCACCCUGCUUCUAUGGUGUAAUGUACAUAAUUAUUCCACAAUUUGGUAGCCACAGUCAAAUGUUCGUGCAGUUAUUUCCUCAGAUGUCAUUAAGCAUUAAUACAUGACAUAGACAAGAAAAGAAUAUGGAAUAAGAGUCAGUGUUCUUAAAUGUUUAGGUUGCCUAAAAUAUAUUUUUCUAUUAAUCUUGUACAUACUAUAAAAUACACAAUUUUUGAUUCAAGAAUGCCAAAUAUGCCCUCUAUAUCCCCAAAUACUUCAGUAUUUAUUUUUCCAUCAUAUCACAAUUAGUUAUCACUAGCAAAGAAUUUUAGUGAAGUUUAAUCUGGCCAUGCAAAUAGAUCAAUAUGUUGAAAUUUUAGUACAAGCACUUUUUGAUCUCAGUAGAAUUCUUGGGGCUAAAUAAAAAUAAUUUUCCUACUUUUCAA